CUGAGGCAUGCCACGGCAGCUCCUCAACCCAAACAAAAGCCGCGGAUUGUUCGCCGCUGCAUCAACAUCGCACCGCAACCAUGCCACUUCUCGAGUCGCACCUGGAGCAAAUUGCUCUCUCUUCAAAUGCCAUUGCCGACCUCCCAUUCCCUCCACCCCGCAUCUUUACAAACGCGUUGCUAGGCUCACACGAUAUUACAGCCUUGAUCAGAGAUACGGAGGUCCAUGAACGAGCCCUGUUCCAAGUUGAUCCAUCUGCCAAGGCUCAUGGGCCACAAAAGCGUGCCACCAGACGCGGAACUACCUUCUCCGCCGAGUCCGAGUCCGAGUCAAUGGCCAGUCGAAUAUACUCCGCCCGGAACAACCGCAAUCAGUCGGCCGUGGCCCGAGUCUUGGGCUCGGACAUGAUGGAAGAGAUCAAACGGUCCGCCGGCACAUCUUCCCGAGGGCGUGGAGAAGUUAACGUUGAGGUUCUACUCCACGGAGCCGAGAUUUUAUGCAAUGUCUAUCCCGUUGCUGGUGCACAAGAAAAGAUUGCCAGUCUACGCUAUCGCCACGAGAUGAUUGCCGAAUCCAUUGCUCAACUGGAAGAUCGUGUUGCUACAAAUACGGCGGAACUGGACUCUAUGCGACGCUCGUACGAUGAUGACGAGGAUGACUUUUCCCCUAUACCCGAGGCACAGCCAGAUACCCUGGAUGUUACAGAUGAAGAUAUCGAGCGCGAAUUGGCUGAAAUUCACGACUUGGAGAAAAGGAAACGCACCUUGGAGGAGCGAGUCACUGGCAUGGAGCGAGACCUGGGCGGUUUAAUGGGUUGA